GUGAUAUAAAAUACUCAUGCUACCUGAUUUUACCCACAGAUAUCAGCAUGCGACUAGCCGCACAGAACGCGCUUGCUGUGUGUCUUCUCUCGUGUCUUGUUGUGUGUUUGUCUCUUUGCGUAGAGUUGGGACUUCCUGCAGCCACUUGGGCGGUUGGUUCUCAGAGAGACAAAAGUUUGACGCUCGAAAAACGCCGGGUCAGUGGUAGAUCAGUGGAGGAUCGCAUAACAAGUGCGCUAUUUAAGAUUUAAACAAUAUCUAACAACAAAUUUAAUUUAUUCUAUAAUGUGGUAAAUAUUCAAAACGUUACAAGAAAACAAAGGAAUCGUAUAAAUUAUUUAUUUAUUUACUUGUACGAUAAUUAAUUGGGAGUAAAAAUGCGGCAUAAAUAUAAAAGUUUAUUGAGUGCUAUAUUAUUAACAUUUAUCACGAUUAAUGAAGCUGUGAAAAUUGACAGUCAAGUGACUGUUAUAAAAAAUGAUUGCUUUGAACGACAGGCAAUCGGCUACAGAUUGAAACAAUCUGAUAUCUACAAAACUUUAGAUGUUAAAACCGUACCUGAGUGUCAACGAGAAUGUACAAAAGAAGAAGAUAUGUGUAAAACGUUUAGUUUUGGUAUUGGAGUCAAAGGUAACGCUAGUUGUGAGCUCAGUAAAAAAGUUAUCCGGGAGACCGCAGAUCUCAAACCAAUUGGUACUCUGCUAGAUGAAGACUUUGAUCUGUAUAUUAAAAAAUUAGGUUGUAAACUCGUCAUCGAGCAGAAACCUUCGACGGAAACUCCACAAUCUGAUGAGAUACCUAGUGUUUCCCUUGGGUCUGAACCAUAUGGACCUGAUAAUUUCAAACCUAACAAACCUAUCAGUGGGUCAAGUAGUUCCAAUAAUAAUGGCGGCUAUGGUCAUAAUAAUAAUAAUAAUAACAAGCCCCCACAAAGAAAACCUCAUGGUACCCUUCAAACUACAUUAAUCAGCGUUAGACCAGACCCCAACAGACCGGGUUAUACUGGAUUGUCUUCUGCUUUGACUGCUAAUUCUCUAGGUUCAGGUGGCUAUGAUAGACCAGAUAGACCUGUGAAUGAACCAUUAAAUGAGCGUCCAUUUUAUGGUGAAAGUCCACGACCUAGACCUAAACCAGUUGGUUUUGAUUCCUAUGGAGGUGUAUCAAACUCAUUUGUGAAUGAGAUCCCCGACAGGCCUGUUUAUGGAGGUUCUGAACGACCAGGUGGGUUAUACCAAGGUCAGUCUGGAUAUGGGUCGUCUUAUAGUGGAUCCUACGGUGGGGGUUAUGAUUCUUCUAAUUAUGAUGGACCUUCAAGGCCUUACAAACCUUACAAACCCCUAGAGAUCCAAUUGAUAAUGAGGUGUUUUAUAAUAGACCGGAAGUCAAUAGACCUGGUUUUAGACCAGGUGUUGGAUAUUAUAGACCCAUUGACUAUGAUGGAUGAAUUCAAACCACAUUUUGAUAAUCUACGCCCUGAAUCCUGGGGUGGGUAUGAAAGACCUGAUCCUAUGAGGGAUCCAAUAACUUCUUAUGAAUAUGGAAUGACCAUGGGAAGACCUCCUUUUGAUGAACCCUCCCGACCAUCCUAUGAAACACGUCCUGAAUUUGAUAGACCAAGCCGUCCUGAAAGACCUCAAAGGCCUUCUGGAUAUUACCGACCAUCUUAUGAUGACAGGGAUCGUCCAAGCCGACCUGAGAUGGAAUUUAGUAGACCUGGGAGACCACAAUAUGAAUACGGUAAUGGACGACCUGAUGUACCUCCUAAUUUCCGACCAGAAAACAGACCCAUGGUUCCCACUUAUGAAGAAAGACCUUUCAAUAGACCUGAACGACCUGUAAGACCUGAUGGUGGGUAUGGUCAAAGACCAUCAGACUUUAGACCACCACCAGAUUAUAUUGAAGAUAGACCAGGUCCAGGGAGCUAUGACAGACCACAAAGACCUUCCUUUGAAGAAAGACCUGUUUACGAACGACCUAGUAGACCUAGACCUACCAGUUAUGAAGAACCUAAUCAAUAUAGACCCAACUGGGAUAAGGACACCAUCAAUCGUCCCUACGACUCAAAUAACCCCAACGUAAACUACGAAAACGUAGUAAAACCCGUUACUGAAGAAUCUGAUUAUGGUGGAAACCGUCGACAAGACAAUCUAGGUCCUCCACACAGAAAUAACACUGGACCAAUAGUCUCGCAAUCCCUUGGUCCAAACGGGGAGAAAAUUACAUCUAUAAUCACCGAGCUAAAACCAGCUUGUUUUCGACGUGCGCUUGCAGGAAAACGUGUUACUCGCAGUCUUGUGAGACGUGCGUUAUCCUGCGGCAGGGUCGAAGACUGUCAGCAGGAGUGCCAGGACGAGAAACGAUUUGUUUGCGAAGGUUUUAAUUACAGGUUGGAUCCAUCAGGUCGUGGUAAUGGCGACUGCGAAUUGUUGGACUUGCCAAUGAUCCGCAUGGAUAUGAUACGGGAUAUUUACCCAGAUCCCGAUUAUGAUUUAUACGAAAAAGACCGGAAUGGUUAUCCGGAUUGUAAGGGAGGUGGUUUUGGUUAUGGGUUUGGUGAUAGAGACCGUGAUCGGCAUAGGGAUAGAGAUAGAGAUCGCGAUUAUGACCGAAAUCCUUACGCUGAUCGUAGACAAGACUCAGGAUAUGAUCGGGAUCGCCCGGAGCCACGCCCAAUUGCUCUGCCUCCUAGACCUUUAGAUUAUCCCAGAUAUCCUGAUAGAAACCAGGAUAGGUAUGAUGAUCGGAGACGUCCAGGAGGGUAUCUCCCUGAUAAUCGGCGGGUAGAUGACCAUCAUGGGCAUGGACAUUAUGGGCCUGGAGGCGGAGAUUAUCACAAUCACAACAAUUACGACUUUAACAACCAUCGCGACUCCCCUUCAUACCUCCCAGACCGGAAGCCCGCGCAUGAUCGCAACCAGUGGGGACUAGCGGGUUCCAAUUCGUGGGGGUCUUACGGCAAUGGUCAUACACAAUCGAAUGGGUAUGGGCAUGGUCAGAGUAAUGGUGUUCCUGCCCCGUAUGAUAUACCAGCUGGGGAUACUUACGCUCCUAAACCAGGGUAUGACUUAUUACCAAAGCAACCAAGUUAUUUACCUGGGAAUACCAUUGGUGGGUCAAGAGGAUAUGGGCAGGAGACAGGGGGGAUUUAUGGGAAUGCAUAUGGUGGGUCCUACGGUGGUAUAACUUAUGGAUCAACAAGACCUACAUUUGGUAUUGUGAUUCCCAUCAAUUCAAAUAAUUUCGGACAACCUAAACCAUCAGGAUAUGGAUCAACAGGUAGUGGGUAUGGAUCUGCGUCAGGUAGUGGGGGAACUAGUGGGUAUGACUAUUCAAAUGUUCCGAUAUCAGAAGAUAACUUUCCUCAUACAAACGGGGACACUUUGGAACACAAAGAUGGUGAUUCUAAACAUAGUGGUUAUAAUUUCCUUAAAGAUGAGUGUUCUCUAAGAACGGCCACGGGUUUCCGUCUGCAUAAAAUCAUAGUGAAGAAAUAUUACUCUGUUCCGGAUAUUUACGAAUGUGAAACGUUGUGUUUUAAGGAGAAAGAUUUCCAAUGUUAUUCAUAUGCGUACAGAUACACGAUGACAUCAAGUGUCCCUACUGAUAAUUGCUAUCUCAGCGAGAGAAGCUACAAGCAGUUAGAUUUUUAUACAGAUUUAGAACCUGAUAGAGAUUUUGAUAUUUAUACAAUGAAUAAUCGUAAAAAGUGCGAGGAACAGAUUCCGUUAGAAAAAGAACACUCUGAUUGUUUCUGGCAUACAAGGAGUGGUCAGAGAUUGGAUCAGAAAGUUGUACGGGAAGCCACCAUGGUGAAGAGCAUCGUGGAGUGUCAACUUGCUUGCCUUAGAUCAACAAUAUUUUUAUGUAGGGGAUUCAGUUUCAGAUACGGAUCUCCGGUUAUUGGAGGCCCAGUUGAGAAUUGUCUGCUUACUGAUUGGCCCUUCAAAGAAAUAGAUCCAAACACACAAUUUGCGAGCGAAUUGGGUUUCGAAAUCUAUGAGCGUGGAAGUUUUGGACAUGGCUGUGAACCUAAUCAUUUUGCCGUUCGAGGAAAGGAUCAUCCUAUCGUUGGUGCAAAAACUGAUCAACUUUGUUAUGUAGGUUACGGCACACCUGCGCGACUUCAACCAUCUGCGAUUAGGAAAUCGUUGACGGUUACGUCUGAAUUGGAUUGUAAAACAGAGUGUACCAAGUUUAGACAUUCCAGUUUAUUCCAGUGCAUGUCAUUCAGCUAUAGGAGUAAACCUCAACGUGGUGAACCCAACUGUGAUCUUUCCGAUAUUCUUCAACGGGACUUACUUAAUAACAUAGAUUAUAUUCCCGAUUCUGAUUCGUGGUUAUUUGCAUGGGACCAUUACAAUCCUGAGUGUGUGAGUAUAGGUAAUCCUCCAAACCCUUCUCCUGGAGGAGGCCAGGGUCAAGGUGGUUAUGGUCAAGGAGGCGGAGGUGGUCACUAUAUUCCAAACCAGAGUCAUGGUCAUGGCCAUGGUCAUGGUGGAGGAUAUGGUUCUGGUUUUAGAGGAGAUCAGGGAGCAAAUCAUGGUCAUGGAUUGAUUGCAUUAAGACCACAUCCGCAUGAUGGUCCUCAUGGUACCCAUGCUCAUGAAAACGGCCACGGCAGAGAUGAUCUCUAUGAUAUACGAAAAUAUGAAGGACCUAUUACUGCUUUGGACACUUGGAGAGUCUACUCGGUAAGUGGUUGGCCUUGUCGUCGUGGUUCCCUUUGUCGUGAAAACAAAGAUGCUGGUUUCUGGUACUGCGACCUUGAAGGAGGUGAUCGCGGAACUUGGGAUUACUGUUGUCGUCCGGAUCAUCAAUGUGGGUAUUCUGAAGGUUACAAUUAUCAAUGGUGUUAUGUUGGUCCAGAACGCACGCAAUGGCGUAAAUGUAGUGAAAGAUACUAUCCCUACUCCCCACAACGUCGUCCUGGUGGUUCUGGACACCGUGGAUCUCAAAAACCAUACCUACCCUCAUACAAUCCAAACUAUGAUCCCCCACCACCUUAUGCCGAUGGUUUCCUGCCUUCGAACGCACCGCGACCACCUCCAUUCCGACCCAAUCGUCCAUUACAACGUCCUCGCAUCCCACCAAACAUGCCAAGUCUCAACGAAUAUGAAUCGGAAUUCAAUCGUCAGUUCCUGGAUCCGCCGAAACCUGGAGGCUUUGGAGAACCUCGCUACUGGCCUGUGUCAUAUCUCCACAAGGAGCAACCACCUGAAGCUGGGAACGCCACUGAAUUUAAAUACGACCGCAUGAAAGAUGGACGCAUUAACGCCAUUCAUAAUCUUAUCACAAUCAUAAAAUCCAAUACUCUGAAAGACAUCAAAUACGAAAUCAACAACGAUACUAAUCUUCUCAUACAAGUACCACUGCCAGGAAAUUUCACUCAAGAUGGUAAAGUCAACACCACAUCAACAAACAAAACAACAAGUUCGAAACGAAAUAGAAACAGAGAUAAAGCAAACAUAGAAGAAUCUCAACCUGAGAAUUCUACGAAAACCAACAAUGAAACCAAAGCGGAUCAAAUUGACGCAGCUUCCGAAGAUGGUUCCACAAAUAAUAAAAGCGUAAAUACCAGACAUGUUCAUCGUAAUGAUCAUGAACAUCCUAAAUUCUUUACUUCGGGGUCUUCAGGGAUAGCAAAUAUAGAUUCCCCGGGAUCUCAUCGAUCAGGUAGAUCAAGACAGUUAUCUAUACAAGAUAUCACAAAACAUCUGUCAACGCAUGAGCUAAGAGCAUCUCCGUUAAAAGUGGAGAAGGGGCAUGAGGAGUUAGCGCCACUAACAGUGCCGACGUACAAAAAGAGUUAUAUCGUGCGGACAAACAAAACCGAUCGGUCCUUGAACAUUUCGUUCUAAAAUGUUCAAGUUAGCAGGUUAAGUGUAUUAUAAUAUAAUGUGCGCUUAUAUACCAAGUAAGUUUUAGUAAUACUUAGAGUAGUAAAAAGUAUUAAGAAUUGGUAGUGAUUAAAAUAUUUAAGUAUA